AACAUAUAACAAAAAUAGAGAGAGAAAAACACAAGAGUGAGAGAGAGAAAUCACUUUACCACUUUUAUAUGCUGCACGCAAUCCAUCCACAGCAGAGAACACAAGGAGGAGGACAAGAGAAAGAAAGUAAAGCUUUUCUCUUUUUGUACUGUGCACAUCACUACUUCAACAAUAACAACAUAGUUAUGAGUUUUUGAAACCAUUUAUUUUGUUACAUUACAUAACAAGAAGAGAGAGAAAAACAUCAAAAAAAGACAAUAGUGUUGUGUUGUGUUUGAGGAAAAAAGGAAGAAAGAAACAUUGUUCAAGUAUGAAGAAGAAGAAUGAAUGAGAUGAAGGCUAUGCCCUUACCUUUUGAAGAAUACAUAGGAAAAGGUGUGUUAGAUUUAGGUUCAAGUGUUGUUGCUUCUUCAGAUUCAUAUUUGUUUUCACAACAGCAAGAGCAGUUUUUGCAAAGGUGGAGGGAAAAUUGUUGCUAUGCGGGCAUUGAGCCCAAUUCUGUUGUUGUUUUUGACCUCAAAAAACCAAAUCAACAAACCACCCCUACUUCAUCCUCAACACUGUCUUCCUCACACGGUAGCGCCGGAGGCGGCGCUUCUACCGAUAGCACCACCGGCGCCGCGGCCAAAGAUAAAAACAUACCACAAGUUGAAGGUAAAAGAUGUGGAAUGGAGGAUUGGGAGAGUGUGUUAUCUGAAUCACCAAGUCAAGAUCAAGAUCAUUCAAUAUUGAAAUUGAUUAUGGAAGAUAUUGAAGAUGCAUCUAUGGGAUUAAGCAAGCUUUUACAAGUUGGAACUAGUAAUUCUCAUUCUCAACAAGAUGUUGAAUUCAAUGGUUUUAGUUUUAUGGAUCAACAAAGUUCUGUGCUUGACCCUAUUUCUUCAAAUGGUAACAACAAUAACUUUGUAACUAGCAUUGAUUCUUCUUCUGUUGUUGCUACUACUGCUACUGAUUUCCCUUUUGGUAGCAGAGGGAUGAAUCAAAUUCAAAACCCUAAUUUCAGUUCUUCACAAGUUUCAAUUUCUCAUGGUGGUUUGUUUCAUCAGCAUCAACAACAAUCAAUUGGGUCUCUUGAUCAGAAGCUACCUCAUCAGUUUGUUAUGAACCAAAACCAAGCUCAGUUUAUGCCUAACCCUAGUUUGGUUUUUCCUUUCACAUACUCACAGCAGCAAGAAAACCAAGAGAUUCAGCUUCAGCCUCCAGCUAAAAGACUCAAUUGUGGAACAAAUUAUGAAAUUCCGAAGAUACCCUUCUUGGAUUCGGGUCAAGAGAUGUUUCUUAGGAGGCAACAACAGCAUCAGCAGCAGCAACAUCAGCAGCAGCUUCAACUGCUUCCUCACCAUCUGCAGCAGAGGCCAAUGGCACCUAAGCAGAAAAUGGGGAACCCUGGAAGCGGUGGCGGCGAAGAUGUGUCGGCUCAUCAGUUUCAGCAGGCUAUAAUUGAUCAGCUUUUCAAGGCUGCAGAACUUAUAGACGCCGGUAAUCCGGAACACGCGCAAGGGAUAUUGGCGCGGCUCAAUCACCAAAUUUCUCCUAUGGGGAAGCCUUUUCAAAGGGCUGCUUUUUAUUUUAAGGAGGCAUUGCAAUUGCUUCUUCAAUCAAAUGUUAACAACAGCAACAACAACAGCUUUUCACCAACUAGCCUCUUGCUCAAGAUUGGUGCUUAUAAAUCAUUCUCAGAAAUCUCACCUGUUCUGCAGUUUGCAAAUUUCACUUCCAACCAAGCAUUGCUUGAAGCUGUGGAAGGUUUUGAUCGAAUUCAUAUAAUAGAUUUUGAUAUUGGUUUUGGUGGACAAUGGUCUUCAUUUAUGCAGGAGUUAGCACUCAGGAAUGGUGGUGCACCUGCCCUCAAGAUCACUGCAUUUGUUUCGCCCUCACACCACGACGAAAUCGAGCUCAGUUUCACUAACGAGAAUCUGAUGCAAUAUGCUGGUGAAAUUAACAUGUCAUUUGAGCUCGAGAUUCUGACACUUGAGUCUCUGAAUUCUGUUUCAUGGCCGCAGCCACUACGCGAUUGUGAAGCAGUUGUGGUUAACUUGCCUAUUUGCUCUUUCUCAAAUUACCCAUCGUACCUGCCUUUAGUGCUUCGAUUUGUGAAGCAGCUCAUGCCUAAAAUUGUCGUAACAUUGGACAGGAGUUGUGAUCGAACGGAUGCACCGUUUCCUCAGCAUAUGGUUUUUGCACUCCAGUCUUAUUCUGGUUUGCUUGAAUCACUUGAUGCUGUUAGUGUCAAUGUCCACCCAGAUGUACUUCAGAUGAUCGAGAAAUACUAUCUUCAACCGGCAAUUGAGAAGCUUGUUUUGGGCCGUUUGCGUUCGCAGGAUAGAACACUUCCUUGGAAAAACCUACUAUUGUCCUCAGGGUUCUCGCCGUUGACGUUUAGUAACUUCACAGAGUCGCAGGCAGAGUGUUUGGUGCAGAGGAUUCCUGGUAGGGGAUUCCAUGUGGAGAAGAAGCAGAAUUCGCUUGUCUUGUGUUGGCAAAGGAAGGAUCUCAUCUCGGUUUCAACUUGGAGAUGCUGAGAGAGUGAAGGGAACAAUCUUGCAAAGGUGCUUCAUAACUUAUAUUACUGUUUCUAUUGAUCUUUUUUUUCUUGAAUUUGCCUUGACUUAUGAUUCAAUGCUAAUUUGUCUAUGUUUAGGUUUUGUUAUUUCCACUUAUGAUGGAAUUAAACAUAUUAUGUACUGUCUUAAUUAGCAACUGAAUGGCAAUUUAUGAGCUCUUUCAUGUGUAGUGAUUUGUUUUGCUUUGA